AUGGAGUUAUCAUCCAAACAAUUACUCAACUCUUUGUUUUCGCUUAUACUCAUAGCGUCGUUUGUUGUUGCGAAUCCAAAGUACCAGAUCAAUCUCUUUGCUGGAGUAUGUUCAGAUACAAGUUGCACUGGAGGUUACAACACGGCAAAUGGACCAGCCACAAGUACACAAAUCAAUGGUCCUUGUGGUAUGGCUAUUACUUCUGAUGGUACUCUUUAUUGGGCAGAUUACAAGAAUCACGUUGUUCGAAAAGUGGUCAAUGGAUACAUUUCUACCAUUGCUGGUGUUAUAGGCACAGCCGGUGAUGGGACCAGUUCUGUACCAACCUCUUGUCAGUUGAAUGUACCUCAAGACGUUUUUGUUGAUUCCAGUAGUGGAGCUGUGUAUAUAGUGGACAAUGGUAAUCAUAAAAUUAGAGUGGUUUACCCAGAUCAUACGAUCGCAACCAUUGCUGGGACUGGAGUUUCAGGAUUUUCAGGCGACGGAGGUUUAGCUGUGAACGCCCAAUUAUCAAGUCCUCGUGGUAUUUAUGUGUUCAAUUCAAAGAUUUAUAUUGCUGACCAUGGCAAUCAAAGAAUUCGUAUGAUUGACAACGGUACCAUACAAACCAUUGCUGGUAACGGUCAAGUGGGUUCUGCAGGCGAUGGUGGACCUGCAACACUAGCUUCAUUGUGUUACCCGACAAGUGUAAGAGUUGCACCUUCAGGAAAUGUUUACAUUUCUUAUUUCGAUCAUCAAGUCAAUGCAAUAAGAAAAGUUGACACAAACGGCAUCAUUUCCACAGUCAUUCAAUCUCCUUCAAAAAUGGUUGGUCAAAACUUUUGGGUCAUGGAUGAUGAAAGAAAGAUCAUCAUACCCAAUUGGUACCAAAACACAAUUUCCAUUUUUACGUAUCCUGAAGCGGUGCAAACCAUUAUAGCUGGUAUUACAAAUUCUUCAGGUUAUUCUGGAGAUGGAGGUGAUAGUUUGGAAGCAAAGCUUUUUUGGCCUUAUGGCGCUGUUGUUGAUAACAAUGGAAGGAUUUACAUUUCUGACAAUUUCAACAAUGCCAUUAGAACUCUUACUCCCAAUUGUAAUUCCGGACAAGUCUACAACACCACUGAAUUGAAUUGUCUUGACGUUUGCUUUGGAGUCGCUUCAAAUUUGCCAAAUGUUUGCAGUGGUCAUGGUACUUGCGAUGCUCCAGAUGUGUGUCGAUGUCAACCUGGUUGGGGUGGUUUCAAUUGUUCCAUGCCCACAUGUUUUGGAAUGUUACAAAAUUCAUCGAGUGUGUGCAGUGGACAUGGUACUUGCGAUGCUCCAGACAUAUGUCGAUGUCAGUAUGGUUGGGGUGGAUCCAACUGUGAAUUACCAAAGUGUUUUGGAAUUUUACAAAAUUCAUCCAAUGUUUGUAAUGGUCAUGGAUCAUGCUACAGUGUUGACACGUGUGCAUGUGACUCUCAUUGGGGUGGAGGAAUGUGUUCCUUACCAAAAUGUUUUGGAUUUUUACAAGGUAACUCCUCUGUUUGCAAUGGACAUGGUACCUGUGACGGUCCAAAUAUUUGUAGAUGCAGCGCUGGUUGGUAUGGUUCGAAUUGUUCCAUUCCAAGUUGUUUCUCCAAAUUAGCCAAUGAAACUACAACUGUAUGUAGUGGUCAUGGCUCGUGUUCAUCUCCAGAUAAUUGUUCAUGUCAAGUUGGAUAUAUGGGCUCUCAAUGUGAAAUUGAAAUCAAUCAUCCACAACCAGUCCCCAAUGAAUCUUGUUGGAAUUCCAAUUCAGAAAUAGGAGCUCCAAAACCUCUCAUUUCCUCACAAAUCAUUGAAGAUGGUAUUCAGUUUUCAUUGAACUUUUCAGUAGAUCCCAACGUGAAAUUCACUCAUGAAAUGUUGAUUGGAGAAAAUUCUUCCUUCCAUGCAGAGACUUGUCGUUUGACUGGUGGUCAAAAAGUGAAUUUGACAUUGACCAAUUCCACGACUAGUUCAUGUUUCAAUGUGUAUACUUCUACAAGAUUCACACUCGACGAGUUGAUGAGUAAUUCCAAUGUGAAAAAGGAAUUAUUGGGUGAGUGGGUGAAAUUGACCAUUCCUAUUGCACUCUUUUAUUUCGAUGAAAUGGGAAUUGAUAAUGGAGGAUUUUGUCGUGCGUAUCAAUUCACUACCAAUCAGAUCAUGUAUGUGAAACUCUCUUCGACUGUCUUUUCAUUUUUCGAUGAAUUCACUCCAUUACUACCCUAUUCUGUGAAUUUAUAUCCACAAGAAUUUUCCACUCAUCCAACCUCAGGAGUGCUUCAAAUUCAAAUGAUCUUACGAGCAGGAAAUGUCACCCUUCAGUCAUUUACCUUUUACAACACGACCAAUUCCAAUUAUUAUUUCCAAGUGAGUGAGAGUUCAUUCAUGUAUCAAAACGGUCCGUAUGCUUUUUAUCAAAUUCGAAUCCAAUCCAAUGUCAAGGUGAAUGAUUUCAGAGCUCUUUCCUAUUUUAGAGCCAUUUUCAAGAGAGAUGGUUUCAUGGAUGAUCUCGUUCAAGACAUUCCACUCAAAAUUGAUUAUUCCAUUGUCGACGGUCCUUCCGAUAAGAAUUUUACAUUACAAGCUUCCAUGUAUUUGGCAUCGAAUGAUUGGACUCCCAAAUCAAAAUUCAAAUCUGGUGAAAAAGUCUAUGCACAAGUUCAAACUUCCUCUUCUUUGGGAAAUAAUCAUCUCAUUGUGAAUGAUGCUUAUUUGUGUUGUUUCAAAUCGUUCACACCAAGUAUUUCAUAUAAUCCUUCUCAAGGAGAAUAUGGAUGUUCUCAAUUCCAUUCAGAAACGAUGGAUGUGUGGAAAACCAUCAUUUCCAAUCAAGUUGCCAAUUCAGAAUUAGAAACAACUCUGUAUCCAUAUUAUGGAUCCAAGACUUUGUAUGGAUUUUCAUUCACACUCAUUCCAUCCAUGUUCCCUCAAAAGUAUUCCAAUGCUUCGACUUCGUGUUUUGUUCAAUCGAAUGUGGGACUCACUCCCUUGUCAAGAUCAUCCUCAGCAGUGAUUAUGGCACUCAAUGGAGAGUCGACGAGUGGUUCAAAUUCUGCAAGUAGUUUGUUUGUGGUUCAAGUGUUGCCUGGAACAACAGGAGCGGCAAGUCAUUCAAGAGUUUCUGGAGUGUCUUCCAACCAACGAGUGGGACUUUUCAUGAUGGUGUUUAUGAUUAGUUGUGUUUGUGUAUUCCAAGCACUUGUUCAGCUCAUGAUGGGAGUAUAA